AGACUCGGCUAACGCAGUUCUUUCACUUGGGGUCAGAAAGGGGGCUAGUCCUCUUUGGCCUUGUCCCCCCGUAGUCUCGGCGCGGAGUUUCCCCUUAGACGUAAGCUGGCAGUUACCCCGAAGUAAAAGAACCGCAGCAGCAACCGUUGCCGUUUCCUUCCGGGGGCGCAAAAAGCCCACGGCCUGUUUUCCCCGCAGGCGCAACUCCGCCUCCAGCCCGCGAAGGCCGGAGGGGAGGAGAAGGGAGGAGGCGGCGGGGUUGCAGAAGAGCCGCCUGGCUGCGCCGCGAUGGAGGGCGAAUGCUGCGCGCUGCUGCUGUGGUCGGCUGCAGUCGCCGGGCUCUUGCUCUUCUACCUGGGCUUCGUGCGGCGCGUCACCGGGGCUGCGCGCACCGCCUUUCCGCGGAGGGAGGCCGGCCGAGUCGCAGGAGGAGGCGGUAGGCCGCCGGCCGAUGCGUGGAGUCCCAGGUUGUCUGGCUUCUCGCUGCGGCUUUGCGUACACCUGGCCAACACUGCUUUCGGACAGCAUUUUUUAGUUCCACUUCUAAUGCGGGUCAACAACUUUACCGCCCUGCGCUUCCUUGAUCUUGCCGAAGACCCUACGUUUGUGCCGGCAGUCAUUGAGGAAGAGAAAAACAACCAUCCAGAGUCUGAAAAUGUCUUUGAAAUUCUCCCCAAACUGAUGGAAGUAAGUUCACGUUCUGCUCGCUCUAUGUUCAACUUCAAAGAGAUCCAGGAUUAUUUGAAAUGCUACCGAUCCGGUGAGGUUACACCACUUCAGGUCGCCAAGAACAUUAUUGCCACAUUGGAAGAUGACGAGAGGUCCAGUCUCCCCCUCCAAGCAAUUGUUCAGUGGGACCGCAAAGAGAUCCUCAAAAUGGCGGAGGACUCCACCACUCGCUAUCAAAGCAAGCAGACCCUCUCUCUUUUGGACGGGAUCCCAGUGUGCCUGAAGGAGGAGAUUAAAGUGGUGCCCUAUCAUCACCGAAGUGGAACGCAAUACCUGGGCAUGGAGCCAGAAACCGAAGAUGCCACUGCGACCCAAAAACUGCGAGAGGCUGGGGCCAUUAUUAUCGGUGUCUCAAACAUGCACGAAUUGGGUAUUGGAACCACUGGUUGUAACCCCAACAGAUACCACGGUACGGCGAGGAACCCCUACAACCCCCAGCACUUCACUGGGGGCAGCUCUAGUGGGUCAGCAGCAGCCGUGGCUUCAGGCCUUUGCCCGUUGGCUCUUGGUACAGAUGGGGGCGGCUCGGUGAGGAUCCCUGCGUCUUUCUGUGGCAUUGUGGGACUCAAAGGUACCUUUGGACGCACCAGUGAAUUUGGCUGUCACCCUCUCUCCUAUUCUACCGUAAGCCUUGGCCCCUUGUCUACAUCAGUGGCAGACGCGGCUGUUGCUUAUGCGAUCUUGGCUGGUCCUGACCCCUGCUACCCGUAUGGAUUAGGCCAGCCCAAACCAUCCCUCUCUGGAGUCCUCACACCUGAUCUGAAGGACUUGAAGUUGGGGGUUGACUGGACUUUCUUUAAGGCAUGUGAUGCUGAAAUCCUAGCCACCUGCCAGAAAGCUGUCAAGUUCCUAGAAGGUUUAGGUGCCUCCGUGGUUGAUGUGUCCCUGCCAGAACUGGAGGAGAUCCGAGUGGCUCAUGUGAUCUGCAUCCUUAGUGAGAUGAGAGAUUUCCUGCAACCUGACUUCAACAAUUCCUUUGACCAAAUGAAUCUGGAGACUCGUCUUAAUCUUGCAAUCGCUUCUAAGUUCACAGCUCUGGAUUAUAUUAAGGCAAAUCGGCAGCGGAGCCGCACCAUGGCCUUUCUACGACAGAUGUUUGCGAAUGUGAACUGUCUUAUUACCCCAGGUACUGCAUGCUGUGCCCCAAGAAUCCAGGACUCUGAUCUUCUGACUGGGUGUAGCGAUGUUAGGACAACUCUCCGGACCAUGAGGUACAUGCAACUGGCCAACUUGACUGGCAUCCCAGCGCUGGUAAUACCAGUUGGAUAUUCUAGUUCAGGGCUUCCUAUCAGCAUCCAGAUCAUGGCAAAGUGGUGGGAUGAAGCACUACUGUUCCGGAUUGGCCUGAAGCUGGAGCAAUUUCAUGGCAUAACAGCAAAACCAGCCAUUUAUUACGACAUUCUUGGGCAAUAGGGCCAGCUGUCUCGAACCAAUGCAAAGUAAAACUUUUUUUUAAAAAAAAGCGUUUGGAGGUUUGGGUGGCUUGAGGCAAGAGAACAGGCAAUUUUUCUGUGCAUAAAAAUCUUUGUUAUUCAUGGAAUAUUAAGUAAUAACUUAUUGUUUGGGUUGAGGUUUUAGAUCUAUACCCACGCUACUUUGGGACUGGCCAGAUUUAGGGUACCCGAUCCUGAGCCAAUGAAUGCUCCUCAGCUUAAAUUACAUAGAGCAGAGGCCAGCAGAAAUAGGUGCUCUGAACUAGUAACCCUCCAAAUCAAAUAGACUAAAAGCAGAAUUGAAAAUAUAUUGGGGAGAAUGACCAUGGUUACAAAGUUCAUUUUGCCUGUUUGUUUUCUAGAGGUAGAAAGGUUAAUACAGAGGUUAACCCUAACCACAGAUACAGAGGAAUGAUGGGCCUUGGGCUUUUGCAAAAAAACUGCCCAUCCCCACAAAAUGAAACAGCAUAGACAAGGUCAUAGUUCAUUACCUUAAUAUUGAUCUGUUGCCAUGAUUAUGGGGCAUGAAGAAGGGCUUGUUCCUAUAUAGGUUCUCUAACAAAUGCAUUCAAAAUGGUUAAGGCUAGGGGGUUGCCAAGAUCUUUGCACUGAUGGAGACAGGAUCGUUUUCUUAGGAUUCAGACUAAGAGGGCUGUGGUGGGGCAUGCACCCAUUCACAAAAUUUGGCAGGUGUACAAAACCAUUAUACAGAAGGCAAAGCGGUGAGGAACCAAAGAAUAAAUAUCUAUAUCUAUAUAUCUAUAUAUAAACAUAGCUGCCAUCUCCACCCAGGAUUUGAUGAACCAGGCUGGAAGAGGGGGAUAAUCUGUUCGGUGCUGCAUGCCAUGGUUUGGGCAACUCCCCACAUCUUCUCUCCCCCUACCUGCCCAGUAGGAGGCCAUGGGAGGAAUAGACUGCUCUUGCCAGAGGUCUGAACUGAUGAGUUGUGGGGAGCUUUCCUCACGACUCCAUGAAAUUAGGUUGUGGUCUGCAGGUUGUCCUGUUAGGGCGUGUUGAAUUUUGCAACUUUCAGAUUCCAAAAAUAAGGGGUUCUAAAAAGUUGUAACAUGAGUUGGGAAUUCAAAAGAUAUUGUGGUUAAAUAAAUAUAAUUUAGUUUUCCUUGGUAAGGAAAGAUGGUGUAAAAUUGCGUUAGAAACAUUAAAAUUAUUACUAAGUA